AUGACAGGUAGAUCCAUAGAUAAAUUCUUGAAUAGGACAUCAUAUACCAAUCCUGGGAAGAAGGGGGAGGGGACGAGGAAGAAGGGGAACAGACUCAUAAUAGAAGACGUUGGAGGGGAGGAAGAGGUAGAAGGGGGGGGGAAAGAGGAAGAGGAAGAAGGGGAGGUCGAGGACUACCUCCCCCACCUAUGCUGGCCUCUACGAGAAACGGAGAAUGAAUUUGAAUGCAUAGCGAUACCUGAAGAGGAUGGCGAGAAAAAUCCUAAUACAUCGAAUGCCAGUAUUUUGGGAAUUCUUGGGUAUGAACAAAUACCACAGAAGAAAACCUCUCCUAAGAUCCACCCAACAAUUGUGGACCAUUGGGGAGAUAUCCUCCGAUCUGGUUUACCGCAGAACAAGGUAAUGGAGAUGGUCAAAAAAUACCCGCCGGUUGAAAAUUGCCCUUGGAUUGAAGUUCCAAAACUGAAUCCUGAGGUGAAUGUGGUAAUCAAUGAGCUGGCAAGGAAAAGGGACCAAAGGGUGCAGAAGUCUCAAAAUCAGAUUGGAGCUGCCAUAACGGCAAUCGCUCAGGCUCUAAAUGAAGCCGUUGAAGAAGAAUCCCCGAAUAUCAGGCUCAUUGAACGCCUAAGCGAUGCAGGCAGAAUAUUAACGGCGGUUAAUUUUGAGGAGUCAUCGUUACGCAGAGGGCUGAUUAACCCAGGAAUCAAUGAUAAAUUAAAGGAUGAACUCAAUUCAACUGCAGUGGAUGGGUAUCUGUAUGGAAAUAAUCUUGGUGAGAAGAUUAAAGAAACCAAGGCCCUAGAAAAGGUUUCAGAGACCUUCAAAUUCCUAAGAAACCCACAAAGCAGGUAACGACAAAAGGGAGCAAGCCUUCAAACUCGAAGGGUCUGCUGCCUGCAGUGCCAAUAUAUGCAAGGAGCAGACGCUUCGAAAGAAGAGCGAAUGAAUACCAGGGUAAUAGGCACACACGACAGAAUG